AUGGCAAUUAAAGUAGUGGAGAACGAUCCACCCAGGGCUCCCUUAAAAGUUAAAGCAUAUGUACCUCCACUUUCGUUUCCCCAAAGACUUCAAAAAAAGUCGAUGGAGCAAAAUAUUCAUGUCAUAAAUACAAAGAGCGAGGUACAAGCGCCAGAGCUCACUACAGAGAGACCCAAAAGAAAAAAUGACCAAGAAGUGAUUGAUGAAGCUACAAGGGUAGAAAAAUCUGUACCAAACACAACUGAAAAUGGAGAAAGUACAGAAACAUCAGCUACCAAAGCACUAAGUCCAGACAAAUCUUACAUGCCUCCCAUUCCCUUUCCUCAAAAGCUCAAGAAGAACAAACAAGAUACAAACUAUGAAAAAUUUCUCGAUGUUCUCAAGAAGCUCCAGAUCAAUGUUCCGUUCAUAGAUGCGAUACUACAAAUUCCAAGCUAUAAGAAAUUUUUGAAAGAGAUGUUGACAAAGAAAAGAAAGUUUCCGGAGUUUGAAACUGUGGCAUUAACUGAGGAAAGUAGUGCAAGAGUCCAGAGAAAAUUGCCUCCUAAAUUGAAGGAUCCAGGGAGUUUUACUUUACCAGUUUCAAUUGAAAAUUCCUAUUCAACUAAUGCAUUGUGUGACACUGGUGCUAGUAUCAAUCUAAUGUUGUAUUCUGCUUACAGGAAAUUGGAACUAGGUGAAGUCAACUCAACAUCAAUAAUGCUACAACUUGCUGAUAAAACAAUUACAAGGCCACGUGGCAAAGUUAAGGAUGUACUAGUAAAAGUAGGAAAUUUAAUAUUUCCUGUGGAUUUCAUUGUAUUGGACAUACCAGAAGAUCGAGACAUUCCAAUUAUAUUGGGUCGACCAUUCUUAGCAACGGGACGAACCUUUAUUGACAUGGAGAAGGGAGAACUAAUCUUGAGGGUGGAUGACAAGCAGGAGAUAUUCAAUAUUUACAUCCAAUAUGAGAAACCUCCCAAUAAAAAUGAUUACUAUAGAAUUGAUGAAGAAGAGCCACCUGAUCAACGAAACUUUAAGAUUGGGGGAGUGACAUCAUUUGCUUAUAUUGUUGAGUUUCUCGAAUGCUUAUGUAUAACCUUGCCGGUAUUGAUAUGCGUAAUUGAGAACAUGCGUUGA